AUGUGGAACGAGUGGGAAGCAGUACAUACUGUGCAUAACAAUACUGCACAGUCCAUCGAGACACUGCAGGAACAACAGAUACAACAGCUGGAACAAUGGCGGAGACCGAGGCUAGGAAGACUCAAGUGUAACUUCGAUGCGGGUUUCCAUAACAAUGCAAGUAAGAUGAGUGCAAGAUGGUGCAUUAGAGACCAUACGGGGCAGUUUGUGAUGGCCGGAACAUCUUGGGUUCAAGGGAAAUUCGCUACCAUUCAAGGUGAAGUUAUUGCAUUACUUGAAGCUAUGAAGGAGUUGGGACAAAGAGGCUUCAUGAAUGAUACAUUUGAAACCGACUCAAAGAGUAUAGUGGAUGCAAUCCAAAGGAUAAGAGUCGGCAUAUUCGAACAGGAUGGUUGCUCACACACUUGCUAG